AUCACGCCUGUCAAAGGCAUUGUAUAGGAAUUUUUAAUUCAUAAGGAUUUAAAAAAGCCUUUUCAUACAAGAAUAAACUCAGAUGUUGUUAGAUAUUUAAUUUAUUGGAAAGUGUCCUCGUGCCGUCAGUCUAUAGAAAAAUGUACAAUGUUUAACUUGGGAUUUUGAGAUUUUGUUCAGGUUUGAAGAGAUAUGUUGCCUUCAUUUUACAUUGAUUAUUAUUGGAAAAAUGGAUAGUGAAAAUUUUCGGUGGAUUAAUGUGUAAAAUAGAAAUACUGAUAUGGAAUAUUGUACAAAAAGAUUUAAAUAUUGAAAUUUGUAAUAUUUCCUGUGAGACAGUAUGGAGACAAGGCACAUAGAAAAUGAAAGAACUCCAUCUGCUAGAGGAACUCGCCCAAAAUCAAGUAAAUUAGCAAGAAAGACCAAAAAUGGAUUAAAGAAAAACAAAAUCGACGAACAAACAAAAUUUGCACUCAGCAUCCAAAUGGUCAAUCCAGAAAUAAGAGCAUUGGUUAAGAACUAUCCACCAAUUAGUGAACAAACUGCUGAGUUAUUCGAAUGCAUUCGUCAGAAGGAAUAUGUUAAAGUUAAGAAAUUAAUUAAGUCAAAAGACUGUGAUAAAAAUGGAAGGGAUGUUGAUGAUCCAUUGUUUCCGACACCCUUGAUUCUUGCAACGGAACUCGAUGAUACUGAAAUGGUAAAAUUGUUGGUCAGUACCAAGCGCCAUCCUGCAAAUGUAAAUGAUGAAAAUUUACAUGGAAGAAGACCUGUUUGGAUAGCAGCAAGGAAUAAAAAUACAGAAAUAAUGGAGCUUUUGGUUGAAGGUAACCAGGAAUGUCAAGUGAAUUUUACUGACAGGGAAAAAGGUACAAGUCCACUUUUUGAAGCAGUGAUAAGUAGUUGUGUAGAUGUGGCCAGAAUUUUGAUACAUGCUAGGGCAGAUGUGAACAUGAGGAAACUUGGUCAGGAGAAUGGCCCUGAUACUCCAUUGACAAAAGCUAUUCAGCAAGAUAAUAGGGAAAUUGUACAACUUCUUCUAAAUUCUUUAGCGAAAAUGAAGUCCAAGUCUGAAAAUGGACUAACAGCUCUACAUUAUGCAGUUGCAUACAAACGCUAUGAUAUAUGUGAAGUUCUUUUAGAACAUGGUGCUAAAUUACAUGCCAGGACAAACUCAGGGGUUACUGCUUUAGCAGUUGCAAUAGAAAAUCAUAAUCCUGCCAUGGUUAGAAUUCUUCUAGAUUACGGGUAUAAAAUGGACAAGAAAUUUAAAUGGAAAGAGACCCCUCUUCAGCAGGCUAUUUUUAUGCAUGCUGAUAAUUGUGCAAUGACUUUAUUACAUUAUGGAUGUAGUAUUAAAAAGGAGAAAGGACCAUCAUACUUUUGGUUGGCCGUCAAUGAGAAAUUGAUUAAACUUGUUAAGUUUAUGAUAGCUUUAAGACCAGUGUAUUUAAAUGAGCCUUGGAUUACCAAGGAAGAUUGGCCAGUUUCAAUAUAUCACAGACCUGACAUCUUUGAAUGGCUUAAAAAAGAAUCUCGGAAAGUAAGACCACUAAUGUUUCAUUGUCGAGCUCAAAUAUAUGGAUAUUUGGGAAGACAUCCAAAAAAUAAAAUCCAUGAGUUACCCAUUCCUGAUAAGUUGAAAGAAUAUUUGCAUUAUAACGAAUAUAUAAAGGAUCAAUAUUUUGUCAAAAAACCAUUGGAUGUUCGUGAAUGUCCAUUUGAUUGUCCGUCUUUGUGUUCAGUUCCUCACUGUCCGCCAAUAGAAGUAUCAUCAGAGUCGGACACAGAUUCAGGUGAUAAUAUUGAAAGUGAAAGUGAUGACGAAAAUGAAAUCAAAUCAAAAUUGGAUCUCAACGGUGAUCUGGAAUCAGAGCAAAGUGAUCAAAAUUCUCAGAGACAGCAGAUGUGUGAACAAUCUUGUAGGAAAUCAGAAGAAAAUGGAAAAAAGCAUAAAAGAACUUCAAGUGCAAAGAAAUCAAAAACUGUUAAAAUACAAAAUAAAAAGUCUGAUGUAGCUCAUCAGCUAGAAAAUAUUUAAGGAGAUAAAAUUAAAAAAUUAUUUUAAAGGAAGCAAAAUUAUUUGUAUGUAUGCAUUGGUUUCAUUUUACUCAAUUUACAGUUAAAAAGAGAGAAAUUAUUCUUAUUGAAUAUGGCAAGUGCAAUAAAAUUUAAAAUAUACAAAUAAUCAUCUGACAUUAUUCCAGUUUUACAGGUUAGGCAGUUAAACAUGGCAGAUAAUUAGAGAAAGGUACAUUUAACCAA